UUAUCAGAGACAUUUCUGCGGGAAAGUAAAAAGCUUAAAAUCUCAAAUUACAAUAUUCUAAGGAAAGAUAGAGAUGACGGUAAGGGAGGUAUAGCCUUCCUAAUUAAGAGUAAUAUAAUGUAUGAGGAAAUUUCAAUACCAAGCAGUAAGAAUAAAUGGUAUUGUAAUAGUAAAUUUAUAUAAUCCACCAAAUAUCAAGCUAAAAGCAAGUAAUCUUAACGAAAUAAUAAAACAGAUCGGAACCAAAUAUAUGCUAAUAGGUGAUUUCAAUGCACAAAGUCCCAGAUGGGGAUCCCACACUAGAAACUUUAAUGGUAAGGUCAUUGAUGAAAUGCUAGAUGAAAAAGAAUUAAUUGUUUUGAAUGAUGGUACAGUAACCAGGUGUACACCACCCCAAAUAGGAAAUAGCGCCCCAGACCUAAGUAUUGUUUCCUUGAAUUUGGCAAAUAAAUGUUCAUGGACGGUAUUAUUCGAUCCAGCGCAAAGUGAUCACUACCCCAUUUUAAUAGAGAUAAAUGUAGGUAAUAAAUCAAUAGCUACAAAUCUUUAUUUUACCACAAAAAAAUUUAAAACGGAGAAGGCUGAUUGGGAAGGGUAUAACACUAAGAUAGAAAAUGAAUUAGAAUACUCAGAUUGUCACAAUUUAGAUGAAUUUAACAAAUUAUUAAUUCACAGUGCAGAAGAAAAAUUUCCAACAAAAAAAAUAUCUUAUAAUAAUAAAUAUAGAGUUAUCUGGUGGGAUGAAGAACUAUCAAAUAUGAUAGAAUUGCGACGGGAUAUAAUUAGAGAAUAUAGUAACAACCCUACUCAAGAACUAUAUAUUAAAGCAAAUAAUACAAGAGCUAAAGUAAAAUUAAUAAUGAAAAAAAAAAAGAAAGAUUCAUUUACAAAGUUCUGUGAAAAUAUAAAUUUUUUACCUCUCACAUCUGCAUGGAAAUCUAUUAAAAAAUUCAAAAAUCAUGAAUCGAACAUCAAUGUUAAAAACCUACCUACAGAAGAAAUAUUAGAUCAAUUAAUGAUCAAUCUAUCCAAACCUAUCAACACAAAAAUAUCACAAAUAAGAAAAGAAAACAUUUCGGAACAAAAUCAAUCCAACCCCUUCAGUUUUUUUGAAUUAGAAUUGGCUCUCAAAAAUAGGAAGAUCUCAAGCCCGGGUUUAGAUGCAUUAACAUAUGAUAUGUAUACUAACUUAAGUAAAUAA